CGAAUCGUAUUAUCUUUGUAACUCCCCAGGUCCAGAUAAGGUCACGGUUUUGUAUAAAAACGUUGUCGAAUCGCUUCACUCAUUUACUUAUUUGGUUGUUAUUGUUGCAACAUUAUUUUUGAUAAUGAGUGAGGAAAUUAAAAAGUUCUCUCUGGCAGAAAUCGCCAAUAACAACGGAAAGGACACGGAUCGCACCUGGAUUAUUUAUAAGGAUAGUGUUUAUGAUGUUACUGAUUAUUUGGAAGAGCAUCCCGGCGGCGGCGACUUGAUAACGGAAUGGGCGGGAAAGGACGCAACGAAAGCGUUCGACGAUUUCGGCCAUUCGGGCGACGCAAAAAGGGAAAUGAAAAAGUACAAGAUCGGCGAAGUGAACGACGACGAGAGGAAACAGAAAGGAAAGGCGAAGAGUGAAAAAACUGAAAGCAAGGGGCCUAAAGUGGAAACUGCACCAACUAGUACCAAUGUCAACAGGAGAAGUUGUAUAGCGAUUAUUACUUGUGGGCUUUGUGGAUGAGAACCACUUAAUAUUGGAUAUACUGGCUGUGAUAUUAGAUUAAAUUAUCAAAGGAUAAAUGAGGAAAAGUUAUAAAAUAAUUGUAAUUAAUCCAAUUAAUAAAUAUUUAUUAUUAGG